CGCUGGAGGUGCCGCUUUCAGGCCUGGCCAGCUCACCAUGCACGCCCACUGUCUGCCCUUCCUCCUGCACGCCUGGUGCGCCCUGUUCCAGGCGGGCGCUGCGGCGGUGGGCACUGCGCCCCUGCGUACGCGGGGGCAGCCCUCGUCGCCGUCCCCACUGGCGUACAUGCUGAGCCUCUACCGCAACCCGCUGCCCGGGGCGGACAUCAUCCGCAGCCUGCAGGCGCAAGAUGUGGAGGUGGACGGGCAGAACUGGACCUUUACUUUCGACUUCUCCUUCCUGAGCCAAGAAGAGGAUCUUGCGUGGGCUGAGCUCCGGCUGCAGCUGCCCAGCCCUGUGGACCUCCCCACUGAGGGCUCACUUGCCAUUGAGAUUUUCCACCAGCCAAAGCCCGAUGCAGAGCAGGCUUCAGCCAGCUGCUUGGAGCGGUUUCAGAUGGACCUGUUCACUGUCACUUUGUCCCAGGUCACCUUUUCCUUGGGCAGCAUGGUCUUAGAGGUGACCAGGCCACUCUCGAAGUGGCUGAAGUGCCCUGGUGCCCUGGAGAAGCAGAUGUCCAGGGUGGCUGGGCAGUGCUGGCAGCAGCCCCCGACACCACCAGCCACGGACGUGCUCCUUAUGCUAUACUCCAACCUCUCACAGAGGCAGAGGCGGCUGGGCGGGUCCACCUUGCUAUGGGAAGCCGAGAGCUCCUGGAGGGCCCAGGAGGGACAGCUGUCCAGGGAGUGGGGCAAGAGGCACCGUCGACAUCACUUGCCAGACAGAAGUCAAUUGUGUCGGAAGGUCAAGUUCCAGGUGGAUUUCAACCUGAUCGGAUGGGGCUCCUGGAUCAUCUACCCCAAGCAGUACAAUGCCUAUCGCUGUGAGGGCGAGUGUCCUAAUCCUGUGGGGGAGGAAUUUCAUCCAACCAACCAUGCAUACAUUCAGAGUCUGCUGAAACGUUACCAGCCCCACCGAGUCCCUUCUCCUUGCUGUGCACCAGUGAAGACCAAGCCGCUGAGCAUGCUGUAUGUGGACAAUGGCAGAGUGCUCCUAGAUCACCAUAAGGACAUGAUCGUGGAAGAAUGCGGGUGCCUCUGAUGAGAUCUUGGGGGGAGACUGGAUUUGCCCGCACUCUGGAAGGCUGGGAAGCUCCUGGAAGACAUGAUAACCAUCUAAUACGGUAAGGAGAAAUGAGAGGAGCAAAGUUGCUCUGCCUACCAGAAAUGAAGAGACAGGGCUGCCCCCUCUGUAAAUGAAGGCUCAGUGGAGUCUGGCCAAGCACAGAGGCUGCCGUCAGGAAGAGGGAGGAAGAAGCCCGUGCUGGGUGCUCUCUUUACCGAAAACACAGUGGCAAGUAAAAGCACAAGAGCCUGAGUUCUUUACUGGAUUUUAAAAACACUUGUGAACCUCCUGAAAUUGUAUGUGAAAGUUGAGACAUAUGUGCAUGGGUUUUGGAGGUGGGAUGAGGUGACCUAAAGCUUUCAUGUAUUCUCCAAAGUUGUCUGUGUGUGACCUGUCCCCCUCCCCAAAGAUGAAGGACCACUGUAUAGAUUAAAAAGAGUGCAUCAGUCUCAUUGCCUCAGGCUGGGCUGGGGGAGCCCCACAGCUUGCUGGCUGGGCCAAUGACAAUCUACUGGCCUUAUCCAGAGGCUCUUUGGAGUGGGUCUCUGCUAAUGAGCUGUGCAACAAUAAAGUCAUUGUCUAGUU